GAAACAGAAUUGGUUAGAGAUUGGGGGUCUUUCCCUUGGCGUCAGCAAUGGCAACAUAGUUUACUUCUUUUGUGCCAUCCAUUUUCAACGCUUUCAAUUCAAUUUCAAUCAAACCCCAAUCUUGAACGUCAACUGUGUCCUUCUGUAGAGAGAUUUGUAUUGUUAUCUAAUCAAAUCUAAGCUAAUAAUAAUGGCAGCAGUGUCAGGGGGUGAGAUAUGGAAGGCCCACACUGCCAUGGCAAUGGUACAGUUAUUCAACGGAGGCUAUCACGUCAUCACCAAAGUUGCCCUUAAUGUCGGCGUCAACCAAAUCGUCUUCUGCGUCUUCCGCGAUCUCAUUGCCCUCGCCAUUCUCGCUCCCCUAGCUUUUAUCCGUGAAAAGCGUACAAGGCCACCGAUAACUAAACGCCUUCUCAUGUCAUUCUUCUUUCUUGGAUUAACUGGGAUAUUUGGCAACCAUCUUUUGUUUCUUAUUGGCUUAAGCUAUACUAAUCCAACUUAUGCUGCUGCGGUUCAGCCAGCCACUCCGGUCUUUACUUUUCUAUUGGCUGUGAUGAUGGGUACAGAAAGAGUGAACUUGCUAAGAUAUGAAGGUUUGGCCAAGGUUGGAGGAACUUUCUCUUGUGUUUUAGGUGCUGUACUGAUGGUUUUGUAUCGUGGUCCGGCAUUGAUAGGAUAUUCAGAAACAGACUUUGUAUCACACAAUGAAAUAAGUGCCAAAGGUCAACCAGAGCCUUCUGGAUGGUUAAUUAGUGGUUUACUGGAUCUUGGAUUUGAUCAAUUUCAUCUCGGAGUUUUGUGCUUCAUAGGGAAUUGCAUGUGCAUGGCUGCUUUUCUUACCAUUCAGGCUCCACUAUUAAAAAAGUAUCCUGCAAACCUGUCUGUCACGGCAUAUUCAUACUUCUUUGGAGCUGUUCUGAUGGUAACUACAUCAUUCUUUGCAACUAACGAGUCAACUGACUGGAGAUUGACACAGUCUGAAACUAUUGCUGUUAUUUAUGCGGGAUUUAUCGCAUCUGCCCUUAAUUAUGGACUGAUUACAUGGUGCAACAAGAUCCUGGGGCCAGCCAUGGUUGCUCUAUAUAACCCACUUCAACCAGGAGCUUCUGCUCUCCUAUCCAGAAUUUUUCUAGGAAGUCCAAUUUACAUGGGAAGCGUUGUAGGGGGAUCUAUGAUCAUUAUUGGUUUGUAUGCGGUUACUUGGGCUUCUUACAGAGAAAGACACGCAGCUGCUGCAGUUAUUUCUCAUGAUAAGAAUUCUUAUAGAAUUAACAUUUUUUCAGGCCCUAAGCCUUCAGAUUAACUCAAUGUCUCAUUAUUCUUUCUUCUUCUUUUUAUAUGUAAUGUUUUCAAGAAUUCAGAGAGAAUCAACGUUCAAUUUUUUUAUAAACUUGUCCACAAAUUGGAUAGAAA